AUGCCUGGACGGUUCACUAUCAUAAGUUCUUCCUUCAGGAGGUCUAUACAUAAAGUUCCGCUGCGAAGUCAUAUUCAGAGUGUGAAUGCAAAAUCAAUAAUAAAAAUAAAUGAAAAUCAGUUCAAUAAGGUGUCUCUCUAUGAUUACCAUUUUUUCGAAGAGCUUCUACCAUUAGAGCCAGUCAUAAGUUAUAGUCUCAGUAAAUGGCUCUGGUUUAACUAUCAAUUGAAACACUUCCCUUCUUUUGAUUUAAAUAUCAUAAACGUAUUCACGGAUCUUAGCCAAUCCGUCGAGAUGAUACAUUCCAUAAUGAAACAUUUCUACACAACGUUACCAAGGGAUCUAUUCCAGAAGAUUAAUAUCCUGUUGAUUCCCUUUUACAACUGUGGACAUACCAAGGUAACUUACCAAAAGGUUGCUGUUAAAAAUAUCCCGGGAAACGUGCAAUUGCUUGAUAACAUGAGUUUCUGCUCUAUUUUCGAUGAACGUCCUAAUACAGAUAACUGGGAGUCACGCUUACGGUCAAAGCUUUACAUGCAAGAACCUACUUACUUUUUGUUACUAAAUGACAUAUUUAAAAAUUCAUCACAUGAUUUGCUACGAUAUUCCAAAGAUACAGAUUCAUGGAAACAAUGCUUUGUUAUGGAAAACACACAGGGACAAAUACACAAGUCAUUUGAGCAAGAUAUAGAUUUCUGGUGCGCAAAAUAUAUCGAAAUUGCCUUUAAAGAAAACACACCUAAUUCCGGCGAAGUCUAUAUACCAACUCAACUGCUACAGUUCUUCCAUGCUAUGAAAGUCUGCUUCCCCGAUUUCAAAUUUCUGGCAAUUGACACUCCACAGCGUUGGAAACCAUCGUUAUUCAAUAUUCUAAAAGUCUCCACCGGGCAAAUGCCGAUUCAGACAAGCAAAAUAGUGCAACAAAUGCCCAAUAGUUACGGACGCUGCACUUUUAUAACAGAAUUCAUGCAAUUGAAGGCAGUUUGCCAGAAGUUAAACCCGGGACUAAUCUUCGAAGUACAAGAUUUGAACGAAUUUGUCGGUGACUGGAUCGAUUAUACCAAGCCGAAUCCCUAUGAUACACAAUCCCUACAUGAUCCCAAGCAGCAAGUACACUUAAUUAAUAAAAGUUCUCUGGCUGUUCUCCACAAUUGA